GGCUGGCUGGGCUCCGGGCGGCUGUCUGUGCGCUUCAGACGGUCGUGGGGGAGACUCGCAUCAAGACUCCGCGUCCUCCAGUUGAAUAAAGCACCGUGGACGCCAGCGGGGGAGAGACCACCGGGCUGCUCGGCCUCGACAUCUGGAACGGCAGCGGAUCGUCGCCAAGCCGCUCCUAUCAUCCUUUGGUGUGCCAUCUCUCUGCGCGGAUCUGCCCUCCCACCCCCUGGAGAACCACGACCACCCGGAGGAAACCCCCACUUGACCAGCGCCGCAAUUAAGCGAUGCGCUCUGAAUCGAACCAGUUUACACUCCGAACCUUUCCACUUUUUAACGGGUUUCCGCUGGAAUGAUAGCGAUAUCAUCUUAAAGAAACAGACGCGGUUCGUAUUUAUUGACACAAGCGGAUGUCACCUGGAUUCUUCUGGCGUCUUGAUCACUGACGAUGGACUGGAGACGCCGCACCUUUCCACGCUCCUAGUGGUGUUUCCCCAAGAGCUGCUGUGUUUAGAACCGAAGAAUAAAGCGACACGUUUGGAGCAGGAGUCGCUGGACACCGACGCCCCUGACGCGACUUUGUCGGCGAAGUUUGCACCGGGAGACGGAGGGAGCACGUCAGAGGAGAUCUCCAACACAUCGUCGGCGUCUCCGCCUCGCAAGGUGGGAGGUUGGUGGAUUGUGGCCAUGUUGUCCCUCGACGAGCCCCUGGACUUGAAGCUCCCGCGACGGCCCAAUACUAAGGACCAAGGGCUAUCCUCGCCUCCCCUCUCCCCACUGCACCCCAGACGAUCUCGGCAGCUGCGAAUGGCGGACGAUGGCACGGCCGUCAUUGAGCCCGCCUCACCAGAAACUCCACAUACAGGUGAGUUCCUGAGCCUCGACCGUGUCACCGACAACGUGAUCCGAGUAUGUGUGAUCCCCUCAGGUCUAGAGCGAACAGAGACACCCACUCCUUCAGCGGUGGACCUCAGCAUCUCUCCCUCCUCCCGACAUACAGCCAGCUCUCCGGAGAUGACUAACGGAGGCUACAUUCCAUCCGGGAAUUCUCACUUCUCUCCGGCCUUUCAGUUCUUCCUGCCCAUCGGAGCUGGUGCUGGACUCCACCUGCCGUCCUCCGUCUUCAUCGGCCAGACCAGUGACAAGCGGGCGUCCCCUGACCUGUCGGCCGACGAGCAGCUGGCCUGUCGCUGGAAGAAGUGCCAUCUGCUGUUCGACUCGCUCCAAGACCUGGUGGACCAUGUCAACGACUUCCAUGUCAAGCCGGAGAAGGACUCGGGGUACUGCUGCCACUGGGAGGGCUGUGCUCGCAAAGGGAGGGGCUUCAACGCCAGGUACAAGAUGCUGAUCCACAUCCGCACGCACACAAACGAAAAGCCGCACCGCUGUCCCAUCUGCAACAAGAGCUUCUCCCGACUGGAGAACCUGAAGAUACACAACCGCUCACACACAGGUGAAAAGCCCUACAUCUGCCCGUACGAGGGCUGCAACAAGCGCUACUCCAACUCCAGCGACCGCUUCAAGCACACGCGCACACACUACGUGGACAAGCCCUACUACUGCAAGAUGGUGGGCUGCCUGAAGCGCUACACCGACCCCAGCUCCCUGCGCAAGCACAUCAAGGCCCACGGUCACUUUGUGGCUCAGGAGCACGGCUCACCCGGUGGGGUGGGUUCUAUGCUGAAGGGGAGUCAGAGCGCAGGGGGGAAGGAUUCUGAGUUGUCUUAUGUGAGUGGGGCCCACAUCAUCAUCCCGGGGGCCACAGCCACCCUGCUGGGGAGCCAUGCUCUGCAGGGUCUGGGCGGCUCCCUGCCGCUGUCCCCCCUCAGCCCUCGGCCUCUGGACCUCAGCUCGCUCGGGUGCCCGGGCUCCCCUCCCGGCAUCCUGUCGUUCAACAGCAUGGCCAAAUCUCCCCUGCUCUCCUCCGCGUUCCCCACCUCGGCGAUGGGCCUGCCCAUGGUGUCCAUGCUGGGGGCGGAGCGGAGGCUGCAGAGCCUGCAGACCAAGAGGGGCCGCAGGGAGGAGGCUGAGAACGAGGUGAGCGGCGGGGUGCUCAACCUCUCCACCGGAGGGUCUCAUGAUCCCCUGUCCUGGGUGGUCAUCCCCCCGGGCACCGUGGUUCUCAAGCCAGCUGUGGUCAACUGAUACACACUAAUACAGACAUUCCACCGGAGCUCAGGGGGUCGGGACGCCUGGGGUCAAAGGUGAUUAGCUCAGACAAGUUCAGAAGGACUGACAGACGACCAGAAGAGCGACAAGUCAGAUCUAUAACUCACACAGAGUCUGAUACUUCAGGACCAAAUACUACCAGAGUGCUACUGCUGUUCACAGUCAUGGUUCCGUGCUGGCAGUGGGACCAACAUGUUAAGCACCUCGAAACAGGGACACUCCAAGAAUGGAGGCUAUUUAAGUGGAUUAUUUUCACUUUUCAUAAGUUGAUCAACGGCAGAACGAUUUAAACCGAGGCAGACGGAACCAAGACGCGAGUGGCAGUAGCACCCAUCUGUAUUAGCAACAAUUUCCAAUCACUUCAAACCAUUCCUAUCCAUUGUUUCUGUGAGUGAGAGGUAACUAUUUAUAAGUGACAGAGUGCCUGCAGCGCAGCAGAGAGAAAGAGACGCCGUGAAACUGAUCGACACUCUCCCUGCGACGCGCAAUGGCAUCGAAAACACAGCUUUUUUUCCUUUUUGUUUAUCUCAAACAUUUGACCUAUUUCCACACACGACAAGCUUGUCACUUCGAUGCGGGCGACCUCUAACAGGCUUUGUGCUGCAGACACAGCACUCGCCCGAGUCAUAGUCGACCUCAAAACUGCUGCUAAACUCUCCGUCCAAACCGGACCGGGCGAGACUGCUUUCGACAAUCUGUCUCCAUCUUGGGGAGGGUGAGAAAAACACACACACCGGUGCGGGAUAUUUUACAGGCUGUGUCGCAACACCUGGCAAUGACCAAGCUACUUCCUGCUUCACUCAUGUUAAGAAGGCGAUGGUGCAUUUGUCCCCCCCUGCUGGUUGGGCAGAUCAUAACUAACCUUCCUCACAUGUUCCUAAUCUUGAGUUGACCAGCUGCUUUUUCUGUAAUUGAAUCAACACGGUGACUGUUUUUUUUUUUCUUUUUUUGUCUGAAAGGGUCACAGUGGCGAAAACACUAGGGUGUUGUGUUUUAUAUAGGCGAAAUGACCUGUUAACCUUUAGAGAAAAACAACUCUCAUUCAGCAACUCUUAGGAGAAAAUGAUGUGUGUACUAUUUCACGAAGGAGGGGGGCGGUGUUGCCUCGCACAGCUGGACUGACAUGAAGCCACACUUUUUAUUUUUAAAAACUGCCUCGUUUUAUUCUGUCCAAAUGAGCUGAAACUCAACGCGCACUUAUCAGCCAAUUCCUUCAUCUGGUGUUGGCUCUCGGAGGGAGCGCCCCCUCCUGUCCUACCAUACCCAGUUAUUGUUUUUGUUGUUCUUUAUCUUGCUCGGACGAAACAUUAUCACUGAUGUUGAAGUUGCUUUUUGUGUUGUUGUAAAAGCUGCUUUAGAGUUUCGGCUUCCUGCUGCUGGCGAGGGAACGUGACGGAGAUUUGGACGGAAAGUUGCCCGAUAUUUACGUAAACGUCGCCGAAAAAACCUUUACGUUUGACUCGAUGUCAAUUUUUUCAGGAAAAGUCGGUGAAAAAUAAGUUUUAAAAGGUGUAGCUGCAUUAUAUAAACAAUCAUAAACAGUCAAUAAACAAAUUCAUAUAGUCAGCAUGCUAGUAAAGUAGCAUCUCCAAAGUUAGCGUUGCCCUUAUAUCGGUUUAAUGCCUGCAUCAGCAAUGAUUCAACAACUUAAUUCACCUCGCCUAUGACGAAUAUUUAUCAAAUAAUGGCUGCUGUUCUCAGCAAAAGGAGGUUGCGAUGAGGUGCGACGGUAAAAUGGCGGGUGGCCCUGAGAGAGAGGGGCGACUAGCUGAGCGAAAAGCUGAAUGAACAGAGAGAGAAAAGGACAGCGGCGGAGUGCCAGCGCUGCAAAGCGAGCAGAGGAGAGUAGUGUUGUGCAGCCGCCUUCCAGCUGGCCCAGUGCGCAGCCCCCUCAGCAACAGAGUCCCUGGCUCUGCUGCCAGUGAUGUGGCAGCCUGGAGCAAACUAGGCCGCUGACCUCACGCUCACCCCUUCUCUUUUCCAAAAGUCUCCCCUCUUUCUGACCGCUGUGCGUCACACUCAUGUACGAAGCGACCUUAUUGGGGGAGAAUUUAUUAUCUGAAUGUAUAAAAAAAAAAAAAAAAAAAAAAAAGCAGGUGUUAAAGUAGGCUAGAUGGUCGCCAAGGCAACAGUGACUCCCACAGAUGCUGCAAAUCUCCUCUCAGACUUGACACAGCAGCAGGAAGCCGGAGAGUUACGACACGGAUCCUUUGCCGGAUUCUCAUCUUUUCAAUAUUAAAUAAGCUGAACGAUUUAUUAACCCUUUGAGCUCAGCGUGUUUUAGAACCUGCACUUUCCUCUGCUAGCAUUCGUAGGAAGUCGACGGAAAAUCACUGUGCAGUCCUUUGAUUCUUAAAGCGGUACAUGCAGUACAGUAGUCCUGAUGAUUCUAAAGUAUCUCACUGCGUAAACAUGUGGCGCUGGAGGGCGACGGAGUUGCACCAAGGGUUAAUGAUGAGACUUAAGGCCACGUCAGGCCGGUUCCAAGUUCUGUUUUUUUGCACAUUUGUGAGAUAUUAUGUCAGUAUUUUCAAUUCUUUUCCAAGUGCCUUUUUAUUAUAGGUAAAAUAUAGAACAUUAUAUGGGAAGAAAAUUAUGAUAUGAAAUAUAUUUUUCCUGGCACCAUGUUCAUGUGGUUGAACAUGCAGAACUCUAGAGUUGUGAAAGUCUUCGAUUGGUACAAAAAUAGCGGUGUUCUCCUGUUUUAGAGGAAUUUUAUUACGAUAUUGAUAAUAAUGUCAAUGAAAUGGAAAUGUUUAAUAAAGGUGCAUUUGAUACAACGAUGUCUGAAUUA